AUGGCAGAAGAGGGGGCUAUCCUCAAAGUCACCAAGGACCUGAAAGCUGCCAUCUCUGCCAUCCUCCAGGGCUAUGGCGAUGGGCAAGGGCCAGUGACAGAUGCCAGUGCUGAGCUGCACAGACUAUGCAGCUGCCUGGAGCUGAUGCUGCAGUUUGACCAGAAAGAGCAGAAGAGCCUCCUGGGGCCUCGGAAGGAUUACUGGGACUUUCUCUGCACUGCCCUGCGGCAGCAGCAGCGGGGUGACACAGAGCUGACCUGCUUCAUCCGCUCACAGGACAAGUUGAAGACGCCCUUGGGUAAAGGCCGUGCCUUCAUCCGCUUCUGCCUGGCCCACAGACAGCUGGCUGAGUCCCUGCAGCUCUGCCUCCUGAACCCAGAGCUCACCAGGGAAUGGUAUGGCCCCCGGAGCCCGCUGUUGUGUCCUGACCUCCGAGAAGACAUUCUGGACUCUCUCUACACUCUCAAUGGGGUGGCCUUUGACUUGGACCUGCAGCAGCCAGAUCUGGAUGGGGCCUGGCCCAUGUUCUCAGAAUCACGCUGUUCCAACUCCAGCCAGACCCAGGGCAGAAGACCUAGAAAGACCAAAGGUUCCCCAAAGAAGUCCAGCUGCAGGAGCUCCAAGGGAGUCCAGCUGCAAGAGUCACACACCCGUCAAGCCGGCUGUCUUCGAGAGGAACCCAGGGAAGAUUGGAUGGCUGGACUCUCUGGGUCCCAGGAACACAAACAUCUUCCCCACAUAUUGGGAAAGAGGAAAGAAGAUUCCAGGAGCUGCGGGUCCCCCCAGAGCAUGUGGGAAGCAGAGGGGGAGGGGCUUCAGCUAGACCAAGAGGAGGGAACCCCAAAGACAGGGAUCCUCCUGCAGAGUUCCUCACCCAGCAGUCAGAGACACAGGGAGGGGGACAAGAGUUCCCAAAAGGAGGCGAUAGGGACGGAGGCCGAGG